CACACUUGAUUGUUUCAUGAAUGUUGAGUGUUUAAUACGCUUUUAUUACGCGUUUACAACAACGUGUCGGUUUUAGGUGUACAUAUGUUUAAUGAGAUGUCAAAGUAUAGACGUUUCAGUCUUUACGACAUUCGCGUCGUUAGAAAACACCGUUUUGAACGGGAGUGUUGAACUGUAGACAUGCGAUGAAGUAUAACUUGUUACGUCAUUAAAAUGAAUGUUGUGUACAUGCGUUCACGUAUGUGCUGUAUCCGUGUCGCAUGAUACGAUAAAAGGAAGUGUUUAUUUGCCAUAGAACCGCCCAUUUUUGGCAGGAAAUUUUGGUGGGCAGUGAUGGUGGCGGGGGUCUUCAAGACUCAUGCAGCCUCUGUGUGUGUGAAUGCAGGGAAUGCGUUUUUGCAUUGCAUUUGCAGUCCAUCAGAUUCUUGCAAACGUUCUUUUGCAUUGAAGAGAAAAAUGUUUCGAUGUAUUGAGAAGCUGUCUGUUAUAGUCACUAUUCCAUGAAACAUAAUCAUGCAUUAUUGUUCAUGCUUGUCAGUUUCAUUUAACAUCUCUGUGUUAAUGAUUUGUGAAGCACAGGAUCAUGGAUCAUGGAUCAGAAGCAAUCUACAAUGUCUAAAACAUUUAGAAAGAGGAAGAUUUCUAAAUCAAAAUCAAACCCACAAACAGCAGAAGUCAUAAAGGAUUUGAGAAGAGAGGGUGAAUGUGGAUCAGACCCUUCGAAGAAUGAGGAGACAGGCUCCUUGAAAAUAAAGAGAACACACACCAAAAAGAAGUACCAUGAUCUCCAGCCUGUGGUCUUAAAACCUACUGAGGAUUCAGGCCAUGGGUCACCUUCCAAACCAGCCAUCACUUCCGGUCCAGUCAAUGGAGUGGAAGCCCAACAUACCAGUUCAUGUGGCCACACGAGUUCUUGUGGAAUAGCGGGGAAAAUGCAUGAAUCUAGUUCAGAGUUAAAAAGGAAACAAAAUAUGGAAGAUGUCAACCAGCACUCCUUAAAAAAAUACAUUGAAGAAGUGAAGCAGGCAGUACCUGUCAUAGUUCCUGUUGUUCAGAGGAAUCCGAAAACUGAUGGCACACAGGAACACAAGUCACCUCCAGGCACCAAAAAAGAGACACCUGUUUACGCACCAGGAAGUCAGGAGGAAAAAUGGCAACUGCAGAUUUUGGCGAAGGGUCGAGUGACCUGUCCCAAAUGUAAGAGUGUUGGAAGAAAAACUGUGGAUGGUUUGAAGAAACACCUGGAAACCUGCAAACUGAAUCCCUUUACGUGCCCACACUGUGGGAAACAACUGAAAACUUCAACUGGAAUGAAGUACCACCUCAUGGCCGACCACAAUAACCUGCCUCUUCCAGAUACUGGGAAUGACGUCGCUGACCAGGCUGUAAAAGAGAAGCUAAGGAAAGUUCUGAAAAGGUUGGGAAAAUUGAAAUGUUCAAAAGAGGGUUGCACUGGAAGCUUCACCAGUAUAAUGGGUUAUGUGUACCACAUGAAGAAAUGUGGCAAAGAGGAAUCCGAGCUGGAGAAACUCGUAAUGAACUGUAAACAUUGUGGAAAAGCGUAUCGAUCCAGGGCCGGUCUGGAGUACCACCUCAAAAAUGAGCACAGUACAGCGCCCCAAGAAAGCGAAGAAGAGGAGGUGAAGACCCGGAAAGAGGCCGUCUCAGAGCGUACACAGAGCGGGCGGGUGAAACGGUUGUCGGCGCAGGUGGCCGUGUUCCACCUGAGGGAGAUCGCCAGCGAGGAGCUGGUGAAGGAGUGGCCCAAGAGAAAAGUGCAGCGGGACCUGGUUCCAGACGUCAGGAAGCUCAAGUAUUCUCGUCCUGGGUUACCUGCUUUUAGUCAGGAUACUCUGCGCAAGUGGAAGAGUGAGGUCAAACUUCAUAAAAAAGUGCAGUGUCCAAAUAAGGGAUGUGGUUGCUUCUACACAAGCGUAUCUGGACUAAAAUCUCAUCUUGGGCUAUGUACUUUGGGGGAAUUUGAAUCUGGAAAGUAUAAAUGCUUGAUAUGUAAGAAAGAGUUCUACUCUGAAAGUGGAGUGAAGUACCACAUCAAUUCCAUUCAUUCUCAGGACUGGUUUGUUAUAAAGUCUAAAGCUAAGAGUUCCAAAUUUGAUAAACUGCACAAGACGCAGCCUAAGGAAGAUCCCACGAAUCCUUCUGACGUUCCCUCGCCAAACCCAAGCCCGCUCGACGCCUGGCAGCAAAAACAGACACCUGCGGCGACCACGUCCAGUGAAGCAAUAAAUCCAGGACUAGAUGAUAGGAAGGGGAACAGGCAGGGUAAAGAGUGCUUUGAGUUCAGUGGCAGUGAGAGAGGCAGCAGUGAGACCUCCUGCAGUGAGACAGAGACAGAGGUUCCGUUGGCCAACAGACGUGAUGACUGGGAUUUCAGCGGACCACUCACAAAGCCUGGGUCCAUCCAGCGACCUAGAAGUAAUCCAUAAACCCAUCAUGCUCUUUUUCUGAACAUCAUAUUCACCUCCAAAGCUGAAACAGAAGUAUUGGUGCUACUAGGAAGACAGAUUAUAAACAUUUAUGAACAUUAAACAUUGACAUGAAAUGUAAUAUCAGAUUAAUGAAACAAGUAAAUAACGGUUGAUUUAUUACCUGAUAUUGUAUAUUUAGUGUUUGGAGCAUGAAAUACUGGAAAUUCCAGGUUUUGCCGCUGCUCUUUGUUGCAAUGUCACAGGAUUUAUUUGAAUGUAAUGACUUUAAUUUAUGCUGCUGUGAUUUUUCUGAUAUUACUGAGAAAGUGAUGGCUUUUAUAUUGUAACAAUGUUCAUUGAGUAAUGCAUUAAAAACAAUCAAUUCAACAUACAGAAUCUUACAAAUGUCUCCAAUAGCAGAAUUGAAAAGGUUAUAAUCCAUAAUAUUUUUAAUAAACUAUGUAUCGUUCAAUCUUGGAGCACCAUGAAUGUUA